UCUCCGUCACGUGAUCUUCCCCAGCAGACUGUCAGCGGAGCAGCUUCCCACUGUGCUUUGCGCUGCGAACAUCAAAGAUGGCGUUGCUUGAAGCAGCGGUCUCCGACGUGACAGCGUUUGUCACCUGUAAAGCGAUGCGGUAGGGAGAACGACAUAAUUUACUUAUAUCACUGACAACGUCUUACUGCAACCGAUUUGGAUUACACCAACCCGUCCUAACAAAAAAAUAAUAAAAUGCCGUCUCCGAAAGCAAAAAAUGCCGGUCGAAGCGGUGGAAGCCCUUUGAGUAGUACUAAUGGGCGCUACGAAUUCAUGUCGCUUAACCGAACACCUCCGCCUAACCUCCUUCCGCGUCAGGGCUCAGACCCAGCCACAGCUCGUCUCCGGGCGUCAGAAAGCCCUACCCGGCGCCGUGGCUCCGGUUCUUCAACAUCUUCAACCGGAGCUCAAGGUAUGCCAGAAGAGGACUGUAUGCGGCUCAAUCCGUCUUUCGUCGGGAUUGCCCUGAGCUCCCUUCUAGCUAUCGACCUGUGGCUCUCGAAGCGGCUGGGAGUGUGUGCCUGCGAGGAAUCGUCGUGGGGCAGUGUUCGUCCGUUGAUGAAACUGAUAGAGAUCUCGGGACACGGUAUUCCUUGGCUGAUUGGGACCGGAUACUGCCUCUACAAAAGCGACAGUCCCGCUGGGCAAGAAGUGAUGCUCAACCUGCUUAUGGCCCUGCUGCUGGACGUGGUCCUGGUGGGCGUGGUCAAGGCCGUGGUGCGUCGCCGACGCCCCUCCCACAACCGCAUGGACAUGUUCGCCACCUUCUCCGUGGACCGCUACUCCUUCCCCUCGGGCCACGCCACGCGGGCCUCCAUGUGCGCGCGCUUCGUGCUGGCUCACCUGGUGCUGGCCGCCCCGCUGCGGGUGCUGGUGGUGCUGUGGGCCGGCCUGGUGGGGUUCAGCCGUGUCCUGCUCGGGCGCCACAACGUGACCGACGUCCUGUUUGGGUUCCUCAUGGGCUACGGGCAGUACAACCUGGUGGAGCUGCUCUGGCUGUCCCCGCUGGGCCUGCAGGGGAUUCUGGGAGGGGGGGGGCUGGAGGAUGGGGUGGCGGCCGGCCCCUAGCUGUCAUCGGACGGC